UAUUAUUCAGUGUUGUCUCAUGUGGGUCAUUUAUGAAUUAUAAUGAAUAUGAAUCCCCUCAUAGACUGUUAAACUCGCCGCGCGUCUGACAGGCGUGCGCGCGCUGCUCGUGCGUGCUUCUGCGUGGCCGCUUGUUUGGAAACUCAGAGCUGAACUCAAGACGAACUCAAGAAAACUUCAUUCGGACCCAAACACAACAUGUCGCGUGUGUUAAACGCGUUCGACGCUCUCAUGAGGCGAGGCGUCGGGAGAAACGCACUGCGCGUUCCCGCACGGGGCUUCGCGACGCACGACGGAGAUGGUGUGUUGAGGAAGUGUGUGAAGGACAGCGUAGAGACGGUGGUCAUCGGGGGAGGGUGUGUCGGGGUCAGUCUGGCGUAUCAUCUGGCCAAAGCCGGACAGAAGGAUGUGGUUCUGCUGGAGAAGUCGGAGCUGACGGCCGGAUCCACGUGGCACGCGGCGGGACUCACCACAUAUUAUCAUCCAGGCAUUAAUCUGAAGAAGAUUCAUUACUACAGCAUCAAACUGUUCGAGCAGCUGGAGGCCGAGACGGGACAGGCCGUGGGCUUCCAUCAGCCGGGCAGCAUCAGGAUCGCCUCCACUCCGGUCCGAGUCGACGAGCUCAAAUAUCAGAUGAGCCGAACUCACUGGCAUCCCACGCCUCAGUUCCUCAUCGAGCCGGAGAAGAUCCAGCAGCUCUUCCCUCUGCUCAACAUGAACAAGGUGUUGGCAGGUCUGUAUAACCCGGGUGACGGUCACAUCGACCCAUACUCUCUGACGAUGGCUCUAGCGGCGGGAGCGCGGAUGUACGGCGCUCAGAUCUAUCCUCACACUCCGGUCACGGGCCUUACACACACUGCUGACGGCAGAUGGGACGUCCAGACUCCACACGGAACCAUCCGGGCCAAUCGCAUCGUCAAUGCCACAGGGUUCUGGGCGCGUGAACUGGGUCACAUGAUCGGAUUCCAGCACCCCACCGUCCCAGUGCACCACCAGUACGUCGUCACGGCGACCGUUCCCGAGGUGAAGGCCCUGGGGGCGGAGCUUCCGGUGAUCCGGGAUCUGGAGGGCUCGUAUUACCUUCGUCAGGAGCGCGACGGGCUGCUGUUCGGACCCUACGAGAGCGAGGAGAAGAUGGUUCUGCAGGACUCGUGGAUCCGAGACGGCGUCCCGCCAGGUUUCGGGAAGGAGUUGUUCGAGUCGGAUCUGGACCGGAUAAUGGAUCAUGUGGAAAUGGCCAUGGAGAUGGUGCCGGUUCUGAAGAACGCUGACAUCAUCAACAUCGUGUCCGGGCCGAUCACGUACACACCGGACCUGCUGCCCAUGAUCGGGCCGCACCAGGGAGCCCGCAACUACUGGACCGCCAUCGGCUUCGGGUACGGCAUCAUUCACUCGGGAGGAGUGGGGAAGUUCCUCAGUGACUGGAUCAUGAGUGGUGAACCCCCGUAUGACCUCAUCGAGUGUGACCCCAAUCGCUACGGCAACUGGACCACCAUACCGUACGUGUGCGCCAAAGCCAGGGAAUCCUACGGCUUCAACAAUGUGGUGGGCUUCCCGAAGGAGGAGCGUUUCGCGGGUCGGCCCACUAGCCGGGUCAGUGGCGUCUAUGAGCUGCUGAAGGACAAAUGCUCCAUGGGUUUCCAUGCAGGCUGGGAACAGCCACACUACUUCCACAAACCUGGAGACGACAUCGGAUACAAACCCAGUUUCAGAAGGACGAACUGGUUCGGGCCGGUCGGACGGGAGUGUAAACUAGUGAUGGAGGGAGUGGGUGUGAUUGACCUUUCACCCUUUGGGAAGUUCAUGGUGAAAGGAGAUGAUUCACACCGGCUGCUCGACCGGCUGUUUGCCAACACACUCCCAAAGGUGGGCCAAACCAACAUCAGUCACAUGCUGACCCCGCGGGGGCGUGUCUACGCUGAGGUCACGGUUACCCAGAUCACACCUGGAGAGUUUCUGCUCAUCACAGGCUCCGGGUCCGAGCUUCACGAUCUGCGAUGGAUCGAACGCGAGGUGUGUGAUGGGGAUUAUCACGUGAGUGUGUGUAACGUGACGGAUGAGAUCGGUGUUUUGGGCGUCGCCGGGCCGAAGUCUCGAGCGGUUCUUCAGAAACUGAGCGAUGAGGACAUGAGUGAUGCGGGUUUCAGAUUCCUGUGGUGCAGAUCCCUUCAGCUGGCCGGCGUCCCGGUGCGAGCCGUCCGGAUAUCAUACACAGGUGAGCUGGGUUGGGAGCUGUACAUGGACAUGAGAAACAUGAGGUCUGUGUAUCAGGCGCUGAUGGAAGCGGGACAGAACGAGGACAUCGACGACUUCGGCACAUACGCCAUGAACUCACUGAGACUGGAGAAGGGCUUCAGAGCCUGGGGAGCCGAGAUGAACUGCGACACCAAUCCUUUCGAAGCCGGUUUGGACUAUUUCAUCAAACUCAAUAAGCCUGCAGAUUUCGUGGGUAAACAGGCUCUGCUGGAGAUCAAGGCUCAGGGUUUGAGGCGUCGACUGGCGUUCCUCACACUGAACACUGACGACAUCGACCCCGAGGGGAACGAGACCGUCUGGCACAAUGGACAGGUGGUGGGGAACACGACGUCAGGAUCGUACAGCUUCACUGCUCAUCAGAGUCUGGCGUUCGCGUAUCUGCCACUCCAUCUGAUCCGCGAGGGGCAACAGCUGGAGGUGGAGCUUCUGGGUCACAGACACCCGGCAACGGUUGCUAAGGAGCCGCUGGUGCUCACAGAACCCAGCAGAACCCGCCAGCAGAGGAAGAGCCAGACCUGAGAACCCGCCCGACCUUUGACCUUUCAGUGAUGUCACAACUGAGUCAGCCGAGACUUUCAUUCCUGUGUGAACGUUUCGUCUACAUGAAAAUCUCAAAACAAAUGUCAGAUUUUUUUAAAUGUCUAAAUCUGUGUUAAAAAGCAUUAAUAACUGAAAACACUGUGACGUUCUGCUGCUGCUGAAACAUGUCUUAAUGUCCAGAUUCUGUGAAUGAUUAGUCAUAUUGUGACUGAUUAACUGAUGAGUCUUACAGAGAGCCAGAGAAGAACUUAAUAAAACACAAUCUCAGAUGAUUCUCGUAUGAUUUUGACCUCUAAUUAUUCCUGUAUUUGUACUGUAUGUUUUCAAUGUCAAUAAACGCUCUCUAUCUCCUCUC